UGUCUCCUGCUGCUGCCGCCUUCCUCUGCUACCUUCCUCUUCUCCCCUUCCUUCUCCUUCUCUGUCUUCCAACUCCGCCAGAGUCUUCGCCUCUGGCAUUGUGCUCCGUUCUACGCAUCUCCUCCUGCUCCAUUCAACUCCUGCAUCGCCGCUGGCGUCUCUGUCCGCCCGCGCGCUGCUGCUAGCGUCUCUGUCCGCCCGCGUCGCUGCCACCAGUGUCUCUGCCCUUCCGCAUCACUGUCACCAGCAUCUCUGCCACCCGCUGGUCUACUUGCCUCUCUGCUCUCCUUUCCGGCCAUCUCUGCUCACCUCUUCGCCCCGUCUUUUCCAACCUUGUCCGCCGUGGUUGCUGCCCUCCCUCGUCCCUGGGGUUCAGGUCGUAGAAUUGAGAAGACUCGGGCUCAAACAUGUUUCCAGUUCAAGAUGCUUACAAUAAGAAAACUUAAAAUCAAGCCAGAUAUCACUUCUGCUUUCAUUAUUGCCAAUUGCCAUCAAAGUGUUGCCCAAGUUUUCAACAACAGCUGUCACAAACCAAUUGUUAAAUCUAUUAGCUCUUAUUUAGCCAACUCAAGUUUACAAGCACGUCUUCUCAGAUUAGAGAAUAAAGUUACCUUUCAAGGACUUUAUUUCUCAAGUGUGCCUGAAACAAUUCUGGUCCAGGCUCGAGACCCAGCAAAAGUAAGCCUGGAAAUACAAAAUGCUAUCGCGGGGAAUCAAUUAGGUUAUUCGUGGAAAUUAUUUGAACAACACAUGCAGAUGGAGGGAUUUCCUAGAAAAUCUGUCUUCAACCAACUUGUAACAAGUUAUGUGGAUGGCCUUGAUAUGCAAUGGUUAGAAAGGGCUUAUGAAUUGGUAGAUCGAGCUAUUGAGGAAGGCAAACAAACUUUGUUAGAAAAGGAGGUUCUUAUAUACCUUAGCUUUGGCCUUGCAAAAGCUGGACUACCUGUUCUUGCAUCAACUAUUUUGAGGAAAAUGAUAGAUAUGGAAUUUUUCCCCCCAGUUAAUGCUUGGUCUGCUGUUUUGGCCCACAUGUCACAAACAGCCGAUGGAAGUUAUCUUGCUGCUGAGUUGAUUCUUGAAAUAGGUUAUUUGUUCCAAAACAAUAGAGUGGAUCCGCGUAAAAAGAGCAAUGCACCUUUGAUAGCCAUGAAGCCUAAUGCUACAGCUUUUAACAUUGCUUUGGCAGGGUGUCUCUUAUCUGAGACAUCUAGGAAAGCAGAGCAGCUUCUUGAUUUGAUGCCGCGAAUUGGUGCCAAAGCUGAUGCAAAUUUACUGAUAAUAAUGGCACACGUGUAUGAGAGAAAUGGGCGAAGAGAAGAGCUUAAGAAGCUGCAAAGGCACAUAGCGGAAGCCCCAAAUCUAACUGAUGUUCAGCUUCGACAAUUUUAUAAUUGUUUACUCACGUGCCAUUUGAAACUUGGGGAUCUAGAAUCCGCAUCAAACAUGGUUUUGGAAAUGCUUAGGAAGGCUAAGGAAGCAAGGAAUUCUCUUGCAGCUGCCAAAUUUAUGGUUAAUGCUGCUACAACUGAUAAUAAAUAUUCUCCUGUACUGGCUUCUCUCCAGAGUUUGAGAAGCAAUGGGGGGUUGGAUAGUUUUGAAAAUAACAAGCCAUCAGGCAAUGCUGUCUUAUGCUAUGAGGAAUUUUCUAGAGAUCGGAAUUUCUUAAAACUCGAAGCGGAGUCAAAAGCUGUUCUUGAUUCUUUACUAGCUAAGUUGCAGGUGCAAUUUGACUUGAUUACAACCGUACAUGGUAUACUUCAACCAACUGAAAUGAUUUAUGUGAAAUUAGUUAAAGCAUUUUUAGAGACUGGCAAGAUGAAGGAUUUGACAGUGUUUCUCCUCAAAGCAGAAAGGGAAGAUUCCCCAUUUUCCAAUGAUAGUUCAGCCUUGGUUCAUGUCAUCAAUUCAUGCAUUUCACUUGGAUGGUUAGAUCAAGCACAUGACCUUCUUGAUGAGAUGCGUCUAGCUGGAGUCAAAACCGGUUCAUCUGUAUAUGCCUCUCUUUUGAAAGCAUAUUGUCGAGCAAACAGGGUAAUGGAUGUCACGUCACUUUUGAGAGAUGCUAAGAAGGCCGGUAUCCAACUUGACUCAAGUUGUUAUGAGGCAAUGAUUCAAUCCAAGGUGAUCCAGCAAGAUACACAUGGAGCACUCCAACUUUUUAAAGAGAUGAAAGAGGCUAGGAUUCCAAAAGUUAAUCAACUAGACUCUAGCAUGCUGGCUAAACCUGGUACAAAGAGUGAUGAAGCUGCACUACUGAAAGGGCUGUUGCAGGAAAUCAAGGAAGGACAGAGUGUGGAUUAUGGAGUUCAUGACUGGAACAACGUAAUCCAUUUUUUUUGCAAGAAGAGACUGAUGCAAGAUGCAGAGAAUGCUCUGAAGAAGAUGAGAAGCUUAGGCCACACACCGAAUGCACAAACUUUCCAUUCUAUGGUGACUGGGUAUGCUGCUGUUGGAGGGAAGUAUCCUGAAGUGACAGAGUUGUGGGGUGAAAUGAAAUCUCUUGCUUCCGCAAUCUCAAUGAAGUUUGAUCAGGAACUUCUCGAUUCUGUGCUUUAUACUUUUGUGAGGGGUGGAUUCUUUGCUCGAGCGAAUGAAGUUGUGGCAAUGAUGGAAAAAGGUAACAUGUUUAUUGACAAGUACAAGUACCGAAUGCUAUUCUUGAAAUAUCACAAAACACUAUACAAAGGUAAGGCUCCGAAGGUUCAAACAGAAUCCCAACUCAGAAAAAGAGAAGCGGCACUGUCUUUCAAAAGAUGGGUAGGCUUGACUUGAAAAAGUGAGAAUCAAGUAUUCUCUCUUUUAAGCCAUCAUCUUCACGAAAUUUGACAUGUAAACUUUUAUACUCUCAGAUUUUCCUUCAUGAAUUUUUGGGUUAAAACACUAAUGUAAAUAUGUAAUGUCAAUGUGCAAACGAUAACACAUUGUUUCUAUAGGGAAGUUUUCAGACUUCUAGAUUUUCUGUAUUACUAUUAAUUUGAUUGUAACAAAGAGAAGAAUUUGUAACAUAGGCUCACACCACAUAACAGGUUUAGUAUGAAGGUCGCGGAAAUAAACAUGGAAACACUCACUACGUAGUCU